UAUUUUGGCUCGUUCAGYCCCUCUUAAAUAGUUACCAGAAUCAUUAUUCAUAUUUCCACAACAAGUGAGAAAAACAUGAAUACAGUUUCUUAUAUAGCCAUUUUGCAGCGUGAACUCAGGAAUAAUAGUUGUCAGGUUUCUUUCUUUAUUGACCCCCGACAAGCUGAUGUCGUCAUUUCCCCAAUGCUUAAGAGGAAACGAUAUUCUCGUUAAUGUUGGUCUGAGAAGAGUAGUAAAAGAAAGAGGGAGGAAAGGAUAGAGAAAAGGGAGUAGGGCCAAGAGACGUAAAUCAACCCUUUCUCUUGGCGCCAAAUAAUAUAAAACGUGAUUAAACGUCUAAUUUCGUCGAUUAAAGUUAAUGUAAGCAAUCGUGGGAAUAUUGUUAUUUGUAGCCAGUUGAGGUAAUGUGGUAGUUAGCUUGCUAAAUAUCUAGCAACGCAAUCAUUUUACCUAAUCUUGCCCCACUCAAGAAACAAUAUUAAUUUGGCGAUCUAGUUAGCUAUAUCAAUACAACAGCUUGCAAGAUAGGUAGCUAGUUUCUUCAAGGCGGUCGUUAUAAUACAGCAAUAUGGGGAUUAGGCAAGGUGGGAGGCUCGACUCUUAGCUACCUGUUUAGAACAUUUGAGAAGUAGUAAGUAACCUGAUGAUUUUAAGUCACGUUUUACAACCUACAUCUAGCUGGGAGGAAGUCAAACAAAGCGAAGGAGAAGAAACAGGCUCGCCUGGCGGAGAGGGCAGCCAUGGAUGCUGUGUGUGCCAAGGUGGACAGAGCAAAUAAGCUGGAUGACCCUCUGGCUGCUUUCCCCAUCUUUAAAAAGUAUGACAGAAACGGGUUGAAUCUCCAGAUAGAGUGUAAGAGAGUGUCCACCCUCAACCCUAUCUCUGUGGAGUGGGCCUAUGAACUAACCAGGACCAACAUGCAAACACUGUACGAGCAGAGUGAGUGGGGAUGGAAGGAGAGAGAAAAGCGGGAUGAGAUGAAUGAUGAGAGGGCGUGGUAUCUCCUGGCCCGAGACACAGACUCCUCCCCCGUGGCCUUCUCUCACUUCCGAUUCGACGUCGAGUGCGGGGAGGAGGUGCUAUACUGUUAUGAGGUCCAGUUGGAGAGCAGAGUAAGGAGGAAAGGACUGGGCAAGUUCCUCAUCCAGAUACUACAGCUCAUUGCCAACAGCACACAGAUGAAGAAGGUAAUGUUAACAGUAUUCAAACACAACCACGGGGCGUACCAGUUCUUCAGGGAAGCCUUACAGUUUGAGAUCGAUGACACCUCCCCUAGUAUGUCUGGUUGCUGCGGUGACGACUGCACCUAUGAGAUCCUGUCGCGGCGGACCAAACACGCGGAGGCCUCGGGUCACAGCCAUGGGGGAGGGGGGCACUGUGGGGGCUGCUGCCACUGAGGGACAUGAUUACUUCCAGUUCCCGUUUCACCACGUCCUGGUCCCAUGCUCUAAACCCUCCCACUUUCCUAAUCAUCUUUACCUUUCCCACCAACGCCCAAUCGUACACCCCCCUUUAAGCCCCAAAACUGACAGACCCCCGACCCCCUCUUUUCUGUCCUGUGUCGCACCUUCCCUCGCCCCUCCAUAUUCCACCUCUUUCUCUUCCAUUCUAUUGUGCCCCGUCUGUCCACCCCUCCUUCUCUUCAACAGCUUUCUUAACAGUCCUAAGGCUCCAUCUCAGUAAUCGUAAUGUGCGUACUAUUAUGGAUAGAGCAGUGUAUUGGCCAAGCAUUCUGAAUGGUAGACUAGGGUGGAUGUUGGGACAAGAGCCGUACAAAUGUAUUUCUUAGUUUGAUGAGGUAUUCUGUAGAUACUUUGCACCCCCUCGCUCUUUCGCUCUUUUUCUCCCUCGCUCUCUCAUCACAGAAAUACACAGAGCCUCUGAUCAGUUUCAGUUUAUUUUCUACAGUUUUCAAAAUGCAAUUGGAUGUCAGGAAGACCCACUGUUGCCAUGUUAAGACCCCUGGCUCCUCCCUAACAACCCCUUCAGUAGUUUGCAUGGCAACCAAGUCACAAAAAUGUUUGUUUUUCUAGAUGAUCUUUUCAAUAGAUUUCACCACCCAGAUGAUUUAGGUCCUGAAAUGGCACCGUAUUCCCUUUACAUAUACAGGGGAUACAGUGCCAUUUGGCCCGCACACUGUGUUGCUGCCAGCAUUGUGGGCCUUGUUGCCAUCUCUGUUUACAUACAGAAACCUUCAGGAUAUUGUAGUGACCUGGGUUGCCAGAUUGGGAUGUUUCCAUAGAAGUCUAUGCGAUUGACCCUGUAACUGUUAGUGUCGAUCUCAAAUUGCACCCCAAUCCCUUUAUAGUUUAAUACUUUCGACCAGGACUCUUAGAAACCCUUCGGUAGUUUGCAUGGCAUGUCACAAAAACAGUGUGCAGUAGAAAGUAGUGCACUAUAAAGGAAAUAGGGUGCCAUUUGGGACGUAGUGAAUGGAAAGAAACUCAACAGAUUGGCAUCUCACCCAGGCUUAAAAAAGUAAGACAUUUCACUUGUGCAUUGUAUAUACAGUGCAUUCGGAAAGUAUUCAGACCCCUUGACUUUUUCCCAAUAAAAAUUAGG